AUGGCACCACCUCCUCCUACGCCCUCUUCCGCUGCCGCGGCGGGAGCUCCACCGCCUCAAAGCACAACAGCCUCGUCUCCUCCCCCUUCCACCACCACUCAACGCGCCCGCACCCGCACGCUGUCCAACGCCACCAUGACGCCCAGUACCAAACGCACCAGCACCACCGGUGGCGGCGGCGGUGCUACACCGCAACUGUCGACGCCAAAGGUGCACUACACGGUGCUGGUGCGGCUGCCGUUCGCGCGGGGCGACUUUGUGGACCCGGCGCAGGUCGAGUGGGACGCGAUGAAGGACCAGGCGCUGUGGAAGAUCAUCAGCCGGCCGAUGAGCGGCGGUGGUGGCCCGGGGAGCGAGCGGCGCGAGAUCAACUGGCAGGAGCUGGCGACGCGGUUCGAGGUCGGGCAGGGGUUCAUUCUGCAGCAGGCGGCCUGGCUGUACGAACGGCACCUGCAGCAUGUGAGGGCGCAGAUGAGGAAGGUUGGUGGUGGAGCUGCUGCUGCCGCCGAGAACCGUGAGCGCGUUGUCGAUCAGGUCGAGGGACAGUCCGGUGCCGGGAAGGCCGGCGGUUGGGUCACCAGUAGUGGGAGGUCAACUCUCGCGUACACCUUCGACUACGACUAUCACUCAGAGUCGUCUUCAGCUACAGCCUCAGAGCCCUCGGCAGCCGCUACGCAGCUCGUUCCGCUCGUCUUUUCCGCCUGCGCCACGACCGUGAGCCCGACUUCCAUGCAGAUGUCCCAGUCCGAGUCCGAAUCUUCAUCUAGUGAUGAUGACAAGGACAACCCGAUUCGCCGCAGCCAAUUGUUCAAGCGUCCGCCACGCUUCAUGUCCCGCCCAUCCAAGCCUGGUCUUCCCCGUCUAGACGACGUGGAUAUCGAGUAUGACGAUACCAUAGACUAUGGUAACCGUGCCGGCGAUGAGCGCUCUGAAGGUGAUGAUGACGAUGAUGACGACGACGAAUUCCUUCCCUUCGCGGUACCUACUCGCCGCCGCACCGCUCCCAACACCAGACAGCCCCAGCAUCAAGGUGCUCAUGCCGGCCCGCGACGUUCCCACACGCACCAUCACCAACAGCGGCCCGUAGAACAUGUGUCUAACCGUCACGCCACCGCGGACUCUCCCCGCGCCUCCCGCCCGCCUAUGUCCGCCGUAGCUGCAGGCAAACAGCCCGUCCGUGCGGCGACCAUGGACUCGUCCUUUACCUCCGCCAGCGACGCGCGCAGUACAGACGGCGACGAUGGCACUGGCGGAAACAGGCAGCGAGCCGGAAGCGGUUCUCCAGCCAUCCAAGGCGCCUUCGCAGGCCGCAGGCAGAAACGCCGCGCCGGCACCGUCACCGCCCCGUACUCGCCUUCUGGCGGGCCGGCCACCGGCGCGUUGAGCCCACGGCAUAGGGCGGAAUUGGCGCGGCUGAGUCCGGGCAUGAAGAGGGAGGGGAGUGAAGGGACACCUAGCAUGGGAAGCAGCUUCAGCGAUCUAGACGGCAAGUGCACAUUUGUGAAAGACAUUCUUGGUAGAUGA